GGAGAAGGGCCUCAGUCUGCAAUAUUGCUGUCACGGAGCAUCAUGCAGCAGCAGAAUGGCAUUCAUGAAGAGAACAAACCCACUGCUCUCCCGCUGUCUCAAAUCACAUUCGGUUCGUUUUGUUCAUCGCGCCUGACGUACACGGAAACGACUCCGCAGUGCAAUGUCCGCCACAUGUGAUGCUGUGUGAUGCUUGCAGACCUCGGCGCCCCUCUUGGUUGUGUGAGUUAUUCUCGUGAAGGCAAGAACCUUUGUGUGGGGUCGACGGAGGGCGUGAGAAUCGUCGAUGUGGACAACAGCCGAUUGCUGCCCAUUGGACACGACAAACACUCUGACAGUCAACUCGGUAAGGCCACUCGAUGGGGCAGUCAGCAAGGAUGUUGUACGUCCUGAUUUGCUGUGGUUGAUUGCUUUUUUGUUUUGUUUUUUUUUUUCAGGCGGGGCCACGCUGGCCGUCGCCUAUUCGGCAGACAACACCACAAUAUGCUACGCAGCACAGGUAGAGGGAAGGCUUGCGACACAACAGUGGUCUGCCUUUGCUGCUUCCUGCAGGACCGCUCUCUUCGUUCUGUGGAUGUGACCCAACGGCCUUUGCGAGAGACAUCUCGUGUGUAUCUGGACAAGCACACCCUCACAAUCACACCCGCGUCGUCAAACAAAUGGAUAUCCGCCACUGGUGAGGCCUUCUGCACCAACGUAUGUAUCGCCAUUCCACCUUUUAUCGUUUCUUCGUGUGUGCAGGGAUGAAUGGGCAGCUGGCGGUGUGGUCUCGCGAGUCUGGAGCGCUCCUGAAUCCUCCCUGCACUCUGCAUGAUGGCCCGGUCAUGGAUGCCUGCCCUUUGUCCGAGUCUGAGGCGCCAACUCUUCUGGCCACUGUGGGGGAGACGUCGGGGAUGGUCAUCGUCGACCUUCUCAAAUCUACCGCCGUCAUGACGGUAAGAGAAGGACAGGCAGCUCAUGUCUCACAUACGAUGAGUUAUCGGAGCUGAUGUCUUGCUGCAGAUUCCUGGUCGCUUCCAUCGUGUUGCGAGCAACGGCAAGAUUGUCAUUGCGUGUAGCAGACAGGGCGACGUCCGCAUGAUGUCUGCGCGCAAUCCGGCGCUGUAUGAGGACUUUCUCAUCCCUGCUGAGGCGCUGCAGCCACCCAAUGCAGCUGGGAAGAGGGAAGGGGCGAUGCAACCCGUCAUUCGAUCGCUCGCCGUGUCAGAGGUGAAAAGGAAUGCAACGAAGUGAAUGCAACCAUGAACACCUUCACGAUGGUUUUUUUUUGCAUAGACGCUGGUGGCGAUUGGCAUGAAAACGGGAGAGGUUGUGUUGCUUGGUGCCGCAUCGCCCGCACACGUGCAGUCAGCACACGAACCGGAGACCGAAGGUACGAAACAACCAAGGGAGGGAGGGCGACAAGGGCUUCAUGCCUCCUCCAAUGUGUGUGCAGGCGAGGAGGUUGUCAGCCUGCCCCCCGAUGCGUCGUCGGGCACUCCCAUGUCCGAUCGAGUGGGCGACCUGUCCAAGACGCUCGAUAGCGAGCAGGGCGGGCACGUCGACAUGAGACUGAAACUCAACCUGGUGGCUGUUUUGAAGGGUACAGCACAACACGUGACCACGUAAUCUUGUCGACAAUGCCGGUGUGCCGUGUUGCAGGCCACAGCAAGGACGUGACUGGCAUCACUUUCUCCGGCGACGGGUGCCGCGUUGCGUCUGUCAGCCUGGACGGCAAACUGAGAGUAUGGGACUGCUCUCCGCUCCUGUCGUCCCUCGCCGCGCCAUCAUCGGCCAGCCCAGCACUCCCUGAAUGCCCUGCUGGCUCGCCCUCAUUCAUGUUCCGUGAGCCACUAGUGCAGCGGCGGAGGGCGAGUAGCGGUGCCGCUGGUGGCGGGCAGCGUGAGCCCCGUGCCCAGUCCAGACAGGGGGCAUCGCGACGGACAUCCUCUCACUCGUAGGCAAUUCACUCGGAACGUGGCAUCUCUACUUGAGACUACCUCUAUUUCUAUUUCUCUCAGCCGUCCACGCGGAUCGUCGCCUCCCCGGAGCGUGUCUCCGUCAGGAGGGAGCCGCAAGGCGCCACCGCCAGGCAGAGACCGCUCGCCCACAUCAGCCCAGCGGCAGUCGCCUAAGUCUCCCUCACUCAAGGGCCCUCCGCUCCCGCAGGAGCAGCCGGGCGACAAGAUGUGGCACGAUCGAUUUCAUCUCACGUCCUCCAAGGGAAACGAUGGGAGACCCGUGUGCAUGAGGUGAGCAACCGAGAGGACACUGCUUUGGAUGGUUGAUUUGGGGGAUGUGUGUCUUCUCUCCCUUUGCAGGGAUUACUUCGGUCAUCCUAAGGCGGCCCCGCCUGAGCACCGCACGUUGCCCUCUGAGGUGUCGCCCAGCGACCGGCCGACCACCACGCACGUCCUCACCCGCUCAGGCAGCGUACAGCCGGCACACUUCGCUAAGACAUCACAGGGGCUGCUCAGCCCGCCCGGCUCACCCGUGCACGGCCAGCCGGUGCCCAAGCUCGGUAGAUCCAAUACCGCCGGCCAGCUGCACCACGAGAUUCAGAGGGGCACACUAAGCAGCUCGGGCAGCCACUUCUUGCAGCACAUAUCUACUGUGGCGGACGAUCGGCCCACCGCGCCGUUCGGGACGCCAGCCGAGUAUUGGAAGCGGUACCAGGGCAGUGAUGACAUGUCCUCUCGGAUGCAGAUCAGACGGUGAGAUCCACAGCCGCGAGAAAGGUCUUCUUUUGUGUGGGCGAAUCCCAUUGCCAUAUGGCAGGUUGGCGAGUGGGUUGACCUCUGAGGAGACCGUGCGGGAGUAUUUGACCAUGAACCACUCGAGACACAGACCAGGCGGCAACAUGAAAGUAAGCGAGACACGAAGAAGGAAGAAGACAUGGAGUGAAGAUCGGUCCGUGUGUGUGGGGCAGGACAAGACGGGCCACAUCGUCAAGUGGGACAAUCGCUUCCACCUCCAUCCCUCCCGCGACAACGCGCACGUCAAUCCUCGUCUGCGGCAGUACUUCGAGCGAGAGACACCCCUCAAGAACAGAUACACCCACUGGAAGCAGUCGUGUUGAGGAUGAACCGACAUGGAUGGGACGCACUCGUCGACGACCGACCGACCGGCGGUGCCUCGUUCAUUCACUCAUUCGUAUUUGUGUCGUCCGUUGCCUGAUUAUACGGUGACAUUCAUGCGUCGCGUGCCGUGCACCAACUGAACCCACUCGUCCAACCAUUCUAGCAAUACAGCAAAACAAACGGUUUUUCAGACACGCUCAGGUCCAUCACUAUUAUCU